UGUGGUCUGUUAUUCUGACAUACCGAAAAGAAAAAUGUAUGUAUCAGUUAAACUAGUUCGCAGCUAUCCUUCGACUCAUAGUCGUGAUAGAGCAUUGCUUAACUCCACUGCGCCAUACAGGCCCUUCCCCGGUGGGCGUGCGUAAUGGCCACAGCCCUCUCUAAAUAUAACUCCCCUCCAAAACAGAAAGAACCAGAGAAAAGGCAGAACGGAAUGCAUACUCUAUCAAACGCAGUCUGAAAACUUGUUAGGGAAGAGUUUCUUCCUUUCCCGGAUACAGCGUGUGUCUUAAACCGUUUUGAUCCAUUUUGUGGCCCCGGGUGGUGCUGGCGGAGCGCGCAGCGGGAGGCGCAUUGUCUGUAUGCAAACUGGACGACAUGGCCAUUGUAUGCGUUUGGGCAUAUAUGGAGCCGCUGAUGGCUCGGAGGACACAGCCCGUCUAAGGUCUCCGGGAGAGUCGCCCUCGGUUGUGUUCCGCCCGUCUCUCUCCUCGGACUUUCUCUUUUCUUAUCCUUUCCGCUGCGUCGCUAUGAGUUGCCUGGAUGUCAUGUACCACCAAAGCUAUGGAGCGCACUACCUCCCUGCAGCGGCGUACAAGGCGACGUACUAUAACCACCAUCACCAGCAACAACAGAGGAAGCUGAGCGUCUACAGUAAAAUGCAGGAGUGCAUGGAGCAGCAGCAGCAGCAGCAGCAGCAGCAACAGCAAGUAGGAGGAAGAGGUAUGCUGCCCAAGGAUCAGGGCCUCCGACACGGCACUGCAGCACCCGGUGCAGUGUCAAUCCGCGGAUCAGCGUCCGAUUCAGAGCUGAAGGACGGGAGUCAACCAGCAGAGGCCGAGUACCUGAGCUCCCGGUGCAUACUCUUCACCUACUUCCAAGGUGAAAUUGGCGACGUGGUGGAUGAGCACUUCUCCCGUGCUCUUAGUCAGUCCAGCGCCUUCAGCAGCGAGACCAAGCCCAUCAGAGUGACUCAGCCUUCUGCAUCGGCCACUGCUGGUUUAUGGAAAGAUGGUGGACCAGUCCCUGAGGGUCAGGGCAGCUCAGCUUGGAACAGCACUUACCCAUCCCAGGCCAGUCCCUGCCUUCCCUCGGUCUCUGUUUCAGUCCACCCGGACUUCUCCCCCAGCCCUGUUUCCUUCAACCACCCGGAUGGAGGCCUCUGGGCCGGCCACAUGCUCCCCCAGGCCAGCCUCCCGCCCGCGCCUGAUAGCUGGACCUACAGCCUGAACCCCCAGAGCACAAGUGGCUACCCCAGUGUCCAUGACGUCUACCACCCCCACCCCCACUCCCACAUCCACACCAGACACCACCACCCUGUGCUUCACCCGUACCCAGCCCACAGCCCAGCGCUGGAUCCCAGGUUCAGUCCCCUCCUGCUGCCUGGUGUUAGGAGCCAGAACCAGCCAGCCACCAGCACAGCCAGUUCCCCACACAGCGAGGUGGUGAAGACAGAGAUGGACCCUAGCAGCAACAGCCCUGUCACGGCUACCUCUGUCACCUGGACACCUUCUGCCCUCCAUGGGUCUUUGGAGGCGUUUGACUCAGCUCUUGAUCAGACCAAAGCAAAGACAUCAGUUUGGUUCUAGCUGAUGUACUGGCAAAAAGAUGGAACAUUAUUUCACACCAAAAAAAAAAAAAAAAAAAAGGACUUGUGGCUUUAUAAAUGUGUGGCUGCAACACCAGCACUGUAAUGUAAAAUGUAGAUAGAGAAAGCUUACUGUAGCUCAGUCUACGAGUCCUGCACUGUCCACACAACUAUUAUGGGCUAUGAACUCAGGCUUGGAUUUAAAUAACGGUGAUCACAUGCUUUGGCCGCACGUCAAAGCCCUUGAAGAACAAUAAAAGUAAAAAUAAAGGACUACUAGCUUUAAAUUGGAAGGCGCCUUCUUUGUCGGCACAAGACACCAUUUCCUUUACAUGCAAUGUGAGACCAAGUGGUUCUGUUUCAAGAGCUUGAUUUUGAUCCACAUUUCUGUUUUGUACAGUGAAUGUUUGUUGUUGACUGUAAAUUGCUUUUUGCGUGUGUACAGUUUUGCCCUAUGCCUAAUUGUUGUUUGCUGGAUGGCUAAAAUUGUUGCUUGAACUCUGCCUUUACUAUUUUGCCUUUCGGGGAACGUGUAGUGUAAAUAUUGGUACUUUAUGUUUAAGUAAUAAAUUUGCUAAACUGUA